AAAUGUUGUCUAACACUAAAUGCAUUAAUUCAGUGCAAAUAUUGACACAGCAUAUGGACCGAUGUCUUUUUUCAUUCAAUACAGGCAUCUCGCGCAAUUUAACCCGUAUACCGUGCUGUCAGCACGAGACAGAUAGAACCAGACCGGGGUCCGCGGUAACUAAGGAAGCCGCCUUUGAAAUACGUAUUGAACGUUCUGUAUUACGAAACUAAGCAAAUAGUGAGAUAGCUGGGUGAUACAGGUACAGUCCCCACGGACACUGUCAGUGUAAAAAAAGUCAGAGAAAACAGCAAUAAAGGGAUCAAGGCGGCAGAACAACCAAACGGAAAUCGAUUGAACUAAUAGAGUCAGUGGAUGGUAUCCAGGACGAGUAGGAACAAAAUGGAAGCAAUCGAAUUUUUUUACACGCCCAGAUUGAAGAGAAUUUGAAAGAUAAUUUGUGUAAUCAGCUUGACGGAGUCACACACUUGUUGAUGUUAAUAUUCAAGGCACAUCCGACUAAGCGGCAAAUAUUAUAUCAAGAAGACUCACUGACGGACAAAGGGUGUGUAGGCCACAGCGUUAGAAACCAGGGCACGUUCUACACGCAUUAACACAGACUUUGUCAUUUAAUAACAAUUUAGUUCGAUUGCACAUAUUGAACGUUUUAGUAAGGUGCAGCCCCUCCUUCGAUUAGAUUAAUGACGACGUGAUCCUGUCGGAUAAUAGUUCACCAGAACACGGACGACAACAAGCGGUAUUUGUAACACACCUAAAAAAAAUCACUGUUUUCAUUUUUGUCGGAGAUGCCUGGAUAAAAAGGCUAACAGUAAUCCCUCCAUGCCAUUAAAACCAACUGCAUGAAGGAAGAGGGAGAAACGUUGCUUAGUAUGCUUCAGGGCGGCAUAUUUCACGCGAUAUCUCGAGAACGCUUUAAACAAGUACGGCUCUUGGUGGAGAAAGGUUUAAAUGUUAACAUCAAAAACGCCGGAGAAAAUGGGAAAACUCCUCUCAUUGCGUCCCUCCUUAUUGAAAAUGCCGAGAAACGUGAGCGGAUGUUUAAGUUUUUGAUGAACCAUGGUGCCAAUCCCUUGGAGUGUGACUACUCCGGCAGGGACGCCCUGGCUUGGGCGUGUAUUCUGGGACGCUGUAAAGCGGCAGAGGCCAUACUGCAAGAUACAAGAGGGGAGAUCAACCUGCACCACGGUGACAGAGAUGGGCUGACAGCGCUCCAUUACAGUACUAUGUAUGGCCACGAAGACUGCGUCAAAUUAGUGGCCACGACCUUUAACAAAUACGGACUCAGUCUGGACAUAGCCGACAACAACGGUCUUACGCCAUAUCUUCACGCCAAGAAGUUGGGUUUCAGGGAAAUUGCCACCUUUCUGUUUCAACAGGGCGCGUCUCCUUAUAAAUGUGAUACAAAAAAUAACAUGACGGCAGAACAAUGGGCUGCCAUAGGAUUGCAAGAACGGAAAAAGCGAGCAGUGCAGGAUAGAAAAAAAGCUGACGACUGGAUUAAAAUUCAGGGUAAAAACAACUCUCUUUUUGAUGUAAAACAUCGGAAACUGAGCAUCUCACUUCCAGAAAUCCAAAUUACCAGCCCAAACAACAAAGUCAGGCUAUUAAAAAACGACAGUUUAGACACAAUAGAUGGGAUUUCGGUGGCAUCUCGAUUAAGGCGCAAUUACCAGUCUUCCUCUAUAAAAGGUAUGUCUAAAUCCCUUAACUCAUUACCAGACUCUGAUACGACUGAGUGUGAUAGUUCAACGUCGUCCAGUUUUCAAAGGGUGGGAGUUGCACGCGAUUUAUCGGACUACAUGUCCACCCUGUCAGAUCAGGCUUCUGGAUCCUACCGCAAACCAGCGCAACCACUCCAACCCGUUCUUGAGAAAUCAGAGAUACAGCCAAAACUAACAAAGAGACAACUAAGAAAACUUAAUGCUGCUAACACAGUGACAAAAAAUGCUAGUUCACAAGCAGAGGACAAACCGGAUGAUGCGGCCACCAAAAAUAAGAAAAACGUGACAUUUGCAGCGUUAGGGAAAACUGCACGCAUGUUGAGUCAGCCCAGCCUGCGACCUCCCCCUAUGAAAGUACCCGACAGACGCUACACUUCACAAACUUUGCAAACUGUGCAAAACGCUUAAAAGCAUUUGGGACGAUUUUUUGUAUCAAAAUACCGCUAUUUUUAUUGAUAACCUUCACAUGUCUAAAAUACGUAUAUUAAAGCUCUAAAGUAAAAUACAUCGACAUGCAAGAUCUUACUCUGAGGCUUGCUAAUGGUGACGUGGUGAUGAAUUUCGGUGGGGAAAACAAUUUGGAAAACAGUAAAUUGGAUACAAUGUGUUGAAUGUAUUACUUUUAAGUUGACAUACAAUGGGUAUUUAGUGAAAAUAUCGACAGCGCGACCACCAAUUUACCCCCUUGGUCCUAAAUGUAAGUUGCGCUUUGAAUUAAAAAAGAUAUGAAUUUUUCACUUCUGCCAGCCUGACUACCAGUUCAUACAAUUUUUUUGAUUGGUAUUCUCUCCUUGAGCAAUCAACUUGGAUCAUAUUUCAUAAUAACGGCUAACAUCUAUCAAUAUUUCAUUUAAUUAAUUCCACACAUAAACGUUGUUGAUUUUCGUUUCUAUUCAUUUCACUUAAUACGAGGUGGGAAUUGUAUCCCAUCUUUUAGAAAUUUGUACACGCAAGUUGACUACUUUCAAUAAACAGA